CGCUUGACGUUUUGGCAGGUGAUGAAAGCGAGGAGAGGCAAGCGAAGGCAAGUCAAGGCCAGUUGAUGUGCCAGAAGGCCAUGUAUCGCGCGCCAGUGUUUCCCAUCAACAUUGUAUGCAACUGUGACGGGGCAAUGCCAUUUCGCCAGCAAUGCAGUGUCGCUCACCGGAUUUCCUAUUAAGGGCCGCAUCAAAAAAAAAAUAGUUGCUGUCUUGGUCAGCAGAGAAGCAAGGGGAAGAAUGUACGCAUAUGUCUAUUCAAUCUUAAUCUGACAGAUUGAGAGGUCUAACAUCGGCAGUACGAUGCCAGGUCUGCUGAAUGUAGUGUCAGUCUCAACUUUUUGAUUGAAGAUCUCUGCAUGAUGCCCAUCAAUUUUUUUUACGAUGCAGAGUUUCAUCGGAGUUGUGGGUGCUUUGCCUCCUGAAGAAGGAAUGGGAAGGUAGUUUUUGGCUGCGUUUACAGUCACACGGUGAUGAUAGGUUUGCCCAGAACCAUCGCCUUGCUGGUGUUUAGUUGGUUUUUAGAGUUGAAUCAUUGUAUUGCUUUGGACUGGAGGUCAAGCUAUGUAUGAAAUUGAUGCAGAGAGUGUGUAUGGGUAGUUCUUUCCUGCUAGUCUGAUAGUAGUCUGAUGAGAGUUGAAUAGUCUCGUAAUCGAUCAUUGUUUCUGAUUCACAGUUAUUGUCAGCAGCUAUUCGAGGGCUGGGAGGUUUUGGAGAGUCCUAUUUGGGGCUGAUGCCUGAAUUUUUGUCGACUGCAUAGAUGACGUCGUUAGAUGUAAAGACGAAAACUGAUUGGAUUGUCGAGGAAGGCGGGAUCGACCACGUUGUGAAAGUGAAUCUGAUAGGUGACGAGGAUGACAAUGCGGGUGCGGGUCGAGAAAUCACGGGAGAUGAGGCAGGGGAGAGCCUGCAAAAUGCGUGGCCUGCGGUGCUGGGGUCCUCUCAGCUGAGCAGGCGGUGUGUUCUUGGCCCGGCGACAACCAAGCAACCAUGUGAAAUAAAGGUUGACUUCAGCAACCACUUCUGUCGUUUGCGGUCAGUGGAUGUCUGUAGUAGUGCCCGAAUUUGUGAGGUGUAUGGUCGAUCCAUGGGUAGUGCAGACUUUGAGUACGUCUGCACCGCACGCUGUCGACCCCACGCUUCCCCUCCCCCUGUGGAACGAGUCAUAUCCGAGGAGACAGAGGACACGGAGGAGAGGGAGAAGACGAAGGAGACAGAGAAGCCACACCUCACUUCGGCUUCCUCUCCGCAGACGACACUUUUUGUGUCAACAGUCAGAAUCGCUAGGAUUUCUGAAUGGGUUGCAGCUUCCGUGAAGCUUGUAUCCCUCCCGAACAAAAAGCAAUGCGAAAUUCGGUAUGUCAUUCUGUCUGUCUCGCCGAUACCAAGGCCAGUGCCUCGGCCUCUGCAAGCUUCUCCUGUUCUGGCUUCCCUGAGCCUUCCAUCAGGUCCAGAUGGUCCUGUAUUAUCUUCUUCUUCAUUGCCAGGCCUUCCCUCUGGUCUAGCCUCUCUGUUUUCUGGCCAGCUGAGCAGCCUCAUUAAUCAAAGUGGCGGUGGGAAUUUGUCAGGAGGUGCCAUGGCAUCUCUUUUGCAGCAUCAGCAGCCGCUACCCCACAUUCCUGCAAAUUUGGCGGGACUGGUUUCAUCAACUGGUAUGAAUGCUCUUGCUGGUCAGGGCAUCCUGGGGCUUCUCUGCCCCGGUGCAGAUGGAGUGCCCAGAAAGCCCAACGUCGGCAGCACACUUGGUCCUCAAGCUACUCCAAAUGCUAAGAAAGUCGGAGAUGGAGAACUUCCCCCCUCUGGAUCUUUUGUCUCCCCGGUGUCUAUUGAUGGAUCAGGCCCAGUGGUCGUGACCAAUAGUCAGGCAGCGGCCAACGGCCCUCUUGAUGGUGGCGGCUCUUUAAAGUGCUGUAAUGAUGAACAAGCUUCAGGAGUGGGUGGGUCUUCCUGGCAUCAGCCUGGUUCUAGUCAGGAACCAAUGGGUGGCAAGCAGGCGAUUAUUGCUCAGGGGCCCAAACAGUGGAUGCGCACUAUGGCUGGCCCAACUCCAGCUGAAGCUGCAUUGACCCGAAAGGGUAUGGGAUUGGCAAAUCACAGCCAAAAUGGGGCACAUUUACAGUUGAGUGCUAGCGGUGACCAUAUGAAGAAAGAAGAGAGCGAAGAAGAGGGACAAGAAGAGAGGGGGCGAGGGAGAGAAGAUGCACAAGCUGUGGUACCCGACCUUGGUGAAACUGUGGUCAGGCUGUUUGACAAAGUUUUUAAACGGCUAGAUGACAUAGAGCUAGCAUGUUCAAGGGUUGAGAGAGCAGUUAAUAACCGGUUUAAUCAGCUUGAUUUAAGGGUUAAAGCACUUGAGAUGUCUGCCAACCGUAAUUCUUUAUUGUCACGAGCUGGUAGUGAUUCUGCUUCUGAUAAGUUACCAACUGAUGGAGAAGUUGUCAGCUUUCAAGCAGGGGAACCAAGACCGUCAUUGUCAUCCCCGUCAAAAUUGUUCCCGAUAUUGCCAUUGUCAGUGAAUUCGUCAUCAUCAUCAUCAUCAUUGCCAUUGCCAUUGCCAUUGCCAUCGCCAUCGCCAUCGCCAUCGUCAUCAUCAUCGUCAUCGUCAUCGUCAUCGUUAUCGUCAUCGUUAUCGUUAUCGUUAUCAUCAUCGUCAUCAUUGUCAUCGUCGUCAUCAUCGUCACCAUCAUCGUCAUCGUCAUCGUCACCAUCAUCAUCAUCAUCAUCAUCAUCAUCAUCAUCAUCAUCAUCAUCAUCGUUGUCAUCAUCGUCGUCAUCAUCGUCGUCAUCAUCGUCGUCAUCAUCGUCGUCAUCAUCGUCGUCAUCAUCGUCGUCAUCUUCGUCGUCAUCGUCAUCGUCAUCAUCAAUAUCAUUGCCAUCACUGCCGUCACUCCUGUCCUCAUCCUUAUCCUCAUCAUCGUUGUUGUUAUCGUCAGUGUCGUCAUCAUCGAACCUGCAAAACGAUGUACUAUCUGUGAUUCAGAUGUGUCUGACCAGGAGUUUGUCUUCUCAGGGCGCCAUGGGGCCCGGCAGUGGAGCCGGGAAUACUGUGCCCUCUGAACCUGACUCAAUCAAAUCAGCAGCUGUGCUGACUGCAAAAGAAGACUGCUAGUUUUUGUAUUCCGAGGGGAAUCUUGGAGAAGAUGUCUCUGGCAAGCUGCAUAGCUUGAAGUUGGAGUUCAGGUUGCAACACUUGCGGUGUUUCGGAGUUUUUUCCUUGGUGUUGCUCCGUCCAUCCAGCUCACAUCAGGCCCCAUUUUGGACAACAAACUCCGGAGCGCCUGUUUGGAACAAUAAUAAUUCACUCGCUGUAGGACCUAGAGGACCCAUUCUUCUUGAAGACUAUCAAUUAGUUGAGAAAAUUGCCCAGUUUGAUCGCGAGAGGAUUCCUGAGAGGGUAGUCCAUGCACGAGGAGCGAGUGCAAAAGGCUUUUUUGAAGUGACACACAAUGUUUCUCACCUUACCUGUGCUGAUUUUUUGCGAGCGCCUGGAGUUACCACACCUGUUAUUGUGCGAUUUUCAACAGUUAUUCAUGAAAGGGGAUCUCCUGAAACUAUUCGUGACCCACGGGGGUUUGCGGUUAAAUUCUACACACGGGAGGGAAACUUCGAUCUGGUGGGGAAUAACAUGCCCGUCUUCUUCAUUCGAGAUGGGAUGAAGUUUCCGGAUAUGGUUCAUGCGCUGAAACCAAACCCGAAGUCCCACAUCCAGGAAGAUUGGAGAAUCAUGGACUUCUUCUCGCAUCAUCCGGAGAGUCUGCAUAUGUUUACGUUCCUGUUUGACGAUGUCGGCAUUCCUCUUAACUAUCGACACAUGCCUGGGUUUGGCGUGCACACUUUCAAACUCAUCAACAAGAAGGGGAUGGAGACUUUCGUCAAGUUCCAUUGGGUUCCGACGCUUGGGAUAAAAAACCUGCUUGAUGAUGAGGCUGUAAUGGUUGGCGGGAAGAACCAUAGCCAUGCCACGAAAGAUCUGUACGAUUCUAUAGCUGCAGGAAAUUACCCAGAAUGGAAGUUGAUGAUUCAGACCAUGAGCCUCGCCGAUGAAGAUAAGUUUGAGUUUGACCCGCUUGAUGUGACCAAGACGUGGCCGGAAAACAUCUUGCCCUUGCAGCCUGUUGGAAGACUUGUCCUCAACAAGAACAUCGACAACUUCUUCAAUGAGAACGAGAUGCUGGCAUUUUGCCCUGCACUCGUUGUUCCAGGCAUACAUUACUCAGAUGACAAGUUGCUGCAGUCCCGAAUCUUCUCAUAUGCAGACACACAGCGCCAUCGUCUGGGGCCAAACUAUCUCCUCAUUCCGGUCAACGCGCCAAGAUGUGCCCAUCACAACAAUCAUCAUGAUGGCUUCAUGAACUUCAUGCACAGGGAUGAAGAGGUCAACUACUUCCCGUCGAGGUUCGAUCCCGUUCGCCAUGCAGAUAAGACGCCCCUGCCGGCUGUGGUGAUAUCAGGGCCACGAAUGAGGCGUACAAGUGGGCCGUUAUGGUACACGGGGAUGGGGGCAGCUCGUGCUUAACUUCAUCAACGUGGCGAGCCUUGUACGUGAGAGGAAAGAAGAACGAGAAAAAUGAAUGGUUUUAGUGUGC